CGUUUUAGGGUGAGCCAGUAUUUAUUAGAACGACACCCAUAACCAGAGAUUCAUUCUCCUCAGACACGCUGGGAAACUUCUUCAUUUCUGCUGACUACUGCUUUUAGAGCUUGUGAAAAUGGAGCAUUUGACUGCAGCAAACACACAGUUCUCCCUCGACCUGUUCAAGAAGAUCAGCGGAGGAAACGCAUCAGGAAAUGUGUUCUUCUCUCCUGUCAGCAUCUCCUCGGCUCUGGCCAUGGUGUCGCUCGGUGCAAGAGGAAACACAGCGGCUCAGAUGAUUAAGGUCUUGGGCUUUAACAAUCCUCCCAAACCCGACGCCGCGACUCCAGGACAGCAUCAACCAACCCAAAAGCCCAAGAUAACAUGUGGCGUCAAGGGUCAACAUGAACCCCCAAUAACGCAACAAACCCAGAAGUUUGAGAUACCUGCCGAACUCAAGAAAUGUCCUACUCAGCCGGUACCCGGACAAAAAACUGAGGACCAAAUUCAUUCUAGUUUCAACAAGUUUAUGAGAGAGCUGAACAAACCAGGAGUCCCGUAUGUGUUGAGUCUUGCCAACCGCCUCUACGGAGAGCAAUCCUACCAGUUUGUCGAGAAAUUCCUCAAUGACGCAAAAAGCUACUAUGAAGCCGGACUGGAGAAGGUGGACUUCAAGAACAAAUCAGAGGCUGCUCGUGUCAACAUCAACAAAUGGGUGGAGAAAAAAACACAAGAGAAGAUCAAGGACUUGGUGCCACAGGGAGCCAUCGAUGGGAUGACGAAACUGGUUUUGGUGAACGCCAUCUACUUCAAGGGAAACUGGGAGAAGAAAUUCCCAAAGGAAGCCACCAAAGAUGGGCAGUUUAAGCUGAACAAGAAUCGAACCAAGCCAGUGAAGAUGAUGAAUCAAAAGGCGCAGUUUCCUCUGGCCUUCAUCCCAGAGAUCAACAGUCAGGUUCUGGAGCUGCCGUAUGUCGGGAAGAAUCUCAGUAUGUUGAUCAUCCUUCCGAACGAGAUGGAAGACGACACCACUGGCCUUCAGAAGAUUGAAAAGGCACUGACCUACGAGAAAUUCAUGCAGUGGACCAAAACCAGCAACAUGCGUCAACAAGAGGUUGACGUAUCUCUGCCCAGAUUCAAGAUGGAGGAAACUUACAACAUGAAGAGUCUUCUGAUCAGCAUGGGAAUGGAGGAUGUGUUUGACGAGACGAAGGUGAAUCUUUCAGGCAUGUCCUCCAACAACAACCUGGUGGUGACGAAGGUGAUCCAUAAAGCCUUUGUUGAAGUCAACGAGGAAGGAACCGAAGCGGCUGCAGCCACCGGCGUCGUCAUCGCAAUACGUUCCUUUCCACAGAUGUUUAACGCAGACCACCCGUUCCUUUUCUUCAUCCGUCAUAAUCCCUCCAAUGCCAUUCUCUUCUAUGGACGCUUCUGUUCUCCUUAAAGAUGAUGACAUGAUGAUUCUAGAUGACUGUUUUCCUCUUAUAAAUAAAGUCAAUAGUAAAUAAUUGA